GGAGGGACCGCCGGGGGAGGGACCACGGUUUAUAGCAGAGUGGGUGAAAAGAAUUAGAAAAAUAAAAAGAGCAGCAGAUUUCUAAGAGUGAAGUGGGCUGAUCAAGGUGCGCGUGGUGGACGGAGAGAGAGAACCCAGCGGACAGAAGAGCGCGCAGCAGCCAUCAUGGACGUAAACGACGUCAAGGUCAAGACGCGUGAGCACGAACUGGUGCCCCACCGAGGCUUCACGCUGAUCAGCGGGACUCACGAUCCGGACGACGUGGACCAGAUUUACAACCUGGAGAUCAGAGACUCGGACGUGUUUGUCGUCACGUACCCAAAAUCAGGCACCAUCUGGAUGCAGCAGAUCCUGCUGCUCAUCCAGGCGAAGGGAGAUCUGGCCGCCAUCCGCCAGCUCGAUAGCCGCAGCAACGCUGAGCUGGUGCCCUGGAUCGAGAUGAUUGGCAGCAGGCAGGCGUUCAUCACGGCGCCGUCCCCCCGGCUCAGGGUCACCCAUCUGCUGGUCCACCUAAUGCCUGCAGCUCUGAGCCAGAAGAAGGGCAAGGUGAUCUACGUGGCAAGAAAUCCCAAAGAUGUCCUUGUGUCUUUCUUCCACUUCCACAAGCUCGCAAAAAUAUUGGAAACGCCGAAGGAUUUCAAUGACUUCUUUGAGAAAUUCAUCAGAGGAGACGUGGUUGGGUGCAGCUGGUUUGAGCACAUUAAGACUUGGUACUCACACAAGGAUGAUAUGAGCAUGCUGUUCAUCACCUAUGAAGAAAUGAUUCAAAACCUGCGGUCGGCAGUGGAGAGGAUCUCGGCGUUCCUUGGCGAAGAGCUGAGUGCUGAGCAGCUGGCCAGCGUGGUGAAACACAGCACCUUCAGCAACAUGAAGAAGAUCCCUCAGGCCAACUACGAGCAGGUGUCAGGGGAGCUGCUCAGCCACCAGCAGGGGGCCUUCAUGAGGAAAGGCACCAUCGGGGACUGGAAGAAUCACUUCACCGUGGCCCAGAACGAGAGGUUUGACGAGCUCUUCCACAGAGAGAUGGCGGACACUCCUCUGCAUUUCAUCUGGGACAUCAGGGACAUUGAGUGAUCAGCAGUGAUGCCACGUAACGCGUAAUCAGUAACGAGUAAUCUAACGCGUUACUAUUUCCAAACCAGUAAUCAGAUUAAAGUUACUUAUCCAAGUCA